AUGUCUUCUCCAAACACUCGUGCCAAGGGUUCCUCUUCUUCACGCUCUCCUGCCUAUCUCACUGGAGAUGGUGUCGAAAAUCAUGCGAUAGAGGUUCGAAGCAAGCUCUAUCCCUUCGUGCAAAAGAAUUUGGAUGAGAAUGUACUUCAUCUUUUCAAGAAUACCCUGGUUCUGGGCCCCCAUUGGUUUGGUGCUGUACCGAAGGAGAUGGCCAUCUUGUUUAGGGAUGAUGUUGAGGCCCCUCUCGAUGUGAGGAAUAGUGCGGUGAAAUGGUUAGACUGGAUUAACAGGCUUCUUCCUAGGCACAGAGCUUACUGGAAGAGGGCUGGUAUCUACGAUGAGAACCUUCUGGCUGCCGCUCUGUGUUUCUGGAACUCUGCCAGCAAUACUUUUGACUUCUGCCUGGGCCCGAUGACUCCAACUCUGCUGGACAUGGCUCAGAUAUUUGGGUUUAGGCCUCAUGGCUUGAAAUUCAGCAUUGAGAAAGAUAGAGAUCAUCAACACAUGUUGUUCCUCCUCUAUUGGCUGAACAGAUUCAUCUUUCCCAACUGUUCCUCUGUAGUUCUACUUGAGCACAGACAUCUAGCAGAGGCUCUGCCCAAUCACACUGACGUGGGGCUUGGGCCUACGGUUCUGGCUCAUUUAUACAAGAACUUGCACACUGCCACUUUGGAGAAUCCGGUGAAUCUGUUCGCCCCUGGCGCAUUUUGGAUGAUUCAAGUUUGGUUGCAAGUGUACUUCCCAAAACUAAGGUUUCCAGACAUUGUUCUCCCUGAAGACUAG